CCCGGAUGUGUAAUUUGAGCGGGUUCGGAUGUUGGGUUUUCUGGUUUGUUUACUUGUGCUAGGCACGACUUACUCAGGUCGUCCUCGUUCUCUGAUAUUUGACUCAAUAUAUUUCCGGCUUAUUGAGCCUGAAGAUGUCGCUUACGUGUACAGGUCUAUACCUGCUAAAGACUUCGGCACGCCAUUGAUGCAAAAGUAUGCAACGAUUCCAUUGGUUCCUACCGACCCACCCGAUGGCUGCAGUGCAUUUAUGAACGGAGAUGACGUCAUCGGAGCGAUAGCAUUAGUAACAAGAGGUGGUUGCUCGUUUUUGUCAAAAACUAUCGUCGCCGAAGAGCAUGGUGCUGUGGCUGUUAUCAUCGCCGAUAGCAACACGAAAAAUAUAGGCAAUUGGAUCGAUAUGGUGCACGACUAUACGGAGAGAGGAGUGACCAUUCCGGCGUUGUUCCUGCUCGGCAGCGAUGGAAAUCACAUUAAGCAGUCUCUGUUGGCAAACGGGAUGAAAUCGGCGUUGAUUUCUAUUCCCGUUAAUGUUACAAUGUAUCCCAACUUGUUGCUCAAUCAGCCGCCAUGGACGUUACUUUAGAUUAUAUUUUCAUUUGAUGAGAAAUUGAUUAUAAGAAUGAACUGUUGUGAGUU